UGUUUAAAGAAUAAUAUUUGAAUUUCCCGCUACCCGCGUCUAUCUUACUCGACCCACGCCCCUCUACGCUCAUUCACCUUUUAGUGCUCGUUGCGUACACAUCGUGUUAGCACCUCACUUUUUUCAACUGUUUUUAGGGUUUUAGUUAGGUAUGAGUCCCUCAGAGGACUUUUCUAGCGACUCGGAGGCUAGUAUUUCAAAACAAGAUUUGACAAAACGUUUAUGUAAGUUGGAACGUAAGCUUCGCAAGGUCAAACGCCGCCAUCGUGAUCGUACACGUUCUCGAAGCAAACGCCGUUCUUGUUCUCGCAGCUCCCUUCGCCGCCAGUGUUAUAGGAGCCCCAAAGCCUCCGGACCUUCGGCAACACAACGGCAAUGCCGUGCUCGUGAUUAUCGCAGCCCGACCGGCGCGGAGUCACCGAGACAUAGCGCAGAUCGUUUCUUGCACGAUUCGACUAGCGCUGAACGGCUGGUCGAUCAUUUUCCGCGCAAAAUGGCGCCAGCUGCGACUGUAACCUCCAGCGAGGGGGCUCCAGAUCCGCCCGAUUUUGACGAGUCACCGGUUUUACAAAUUAAUAAUGAAGACGAUAUGCCGGAGGCAUUUUUGCAUGUCUUAGGAGAGGAUCCCCGACAAAACACCCCGGCGCCAUUCAACCUUCACGAAGCUUUAAACUCCCGCUGGAGUCAUGUGAUUGCUAAUGGCCUCGUUUCUUCGGAGCGCGACUCUUUAUUCAAAUCUUAUCAGUUGCCAUCGAAUUGCGUCGCUUUGACCCCACCAAUUCUUAAUCCGGAGAUUUCUUCUAUCUUGUCGGGACCUAACCUAAAACGUGACAAUGCAUACCUGCAAAUGCAGACACAACUAAGUCACGGUAGCUCGGCCCUAGCCUCGGCUGUUCAUUUAAUUCUUGAGAAUAAAGAAAUUAUUUCCCAAGAUCUGACAGCUCGCUUAUUGGCAGGAUUGAGGGAUGCAAGUCGCAUACAUUUAGACCUUCUCCAUCAAAUGUCACUCCGGCGUACUCUCAUUUAUCCUUCUCUAAGCAAAUCAGUGAAGGUUAUAGUCGAGAAAUCUACUCCGCUUCAGUUUCUCUUUGGAAACGAGUUAGGAGAGCAAAUAAAAGCUGCAAAAUUAGUGGCUAAAGCUGGGAAGGACUUAAAGGCCCCGCCGGUAUCACAUACCUCUACUGUUUCGUCCAGACGGACUCUUCCAAAGUUUGCCAGGGGGGAAAAGGGGGGAGAGAGCGCUAACCUUAGCCGGCCUUAUAAUAGCGGGCCGUUAAACCGCAAUCGCCCGGCUCGCUCAACGGGCAGAGCUCAGCCACAGAAGGGCCAGCCCUCAAAAACACGCUACCAUUACCAACGUCGACAGUAG